AUGGCCACGUCCGACCCCGUCCACUUCUUCGACCUCUACUCCGACCUCCCAGGCCCGUCCAAAUCAUGGUCUCCCAACACCCUCAAGAUCCGAGCAGUCCUCAAUUACAAGAACAUCCCCUACACCCAAAGUUUUCUCUCCUUCACAGACAUAAAACCCCUCUUUACAAGCCUCGACCUACCACCCAACAACGAAGCAUUCGUCUACACCCUACCUGUAAUAAUCAACAAGGCAUCGGCGUCUCCCACCCAGAACCCGCACGGCGCGAUAAAAGACUCCCUCCCGAUCGCACUGCACCUUGAGAAGCUGUUCCCAUCCCCGUCCAUCCUGCCGUCCGGCGAUGCUAGCUACGCUCUUCUCGUCGCCGUCGACCGGCUGAUGGAUCUUAUAUACCCGGCAUUCUGGAGACUAAUCCCGCCGCUUGUUGUGGGCCAUAUAGAUCCCCGCGGCCAGGAGUACUUCCAUGAAUCGCGGACAAAAUUCCUAGGGGGUCCGCUUCCUGAGGUGCGGCGGGCAGCACUGGAAGACUUUAAUGAACUAUGGACAUUAAUCGAGACAGAGUCUGCGCCUCUGAUCAAAAUCCUGAAAGGGAAGGAUGGGAAGAAGGGACCCUUCUUUGAGGGUGAGAAGCCUGGCCUUGCGGAUUUCUGGCUCGUUAGUCUUUGGGCUUUUGUGGAGCGCUUUGAUAAGGAGCUUUUUGGGAAGAUUGUGGGACUCGGGGAUGGGGAGUUUGGGAGGCUUUAUGAUGCUUCUAGGCCUUGGCUGGAGGGACAGGGGGUUGAGAAGGAGUGGGUGGCUCCUGCCAGCUCGUAA